CCAGUAACUUGUAUAAUUGUUCAGUGAACUAGUUCAGUUCACAGACUGCAUUUUUAUCUAUCGAUAUCUGUAAAGCUUUGUUCAAUGCAGCCAACUUCAUUUAAAAGAUCCGUUAGUUAGUUUUGCGUUGGUUUUUAGUGAAAAUUUUGAGAGUUCCAAUUUAUAUUCGAAAACAAAAAGAAAUGUGUGACUACGAGCACGAAUACUCCUUCACCUUUGAUGAGAGCACGCUGGAAUAUGAGCUCAAUGGCCGCCCAUGGGACAGCGGAUUCGAGAGCUUGUGGCAGCGCAUUGGUGAGGAGCUGCGGCGGGAACAGGAGAUCAAUGAGCUGGAUCACGUAUUUCAGGAGAAGCUUAUACUGCAAUGCCGCCCGCAAAUGGACUCGUGGAUGUAAUCUCUCUCUAUAAAUAUAUUUGUAUGUUCAUUUCGUUUAGUCAGCAGCAUUUUUGACAAAUGCGCUAUUGUUUAAGAUAUUUAAGAUAUUGUUUGUACAAUCGUCGUUCUCUUAAAAGCAAUCAAUAUUAAGUUAUUUAAAUAACGGGAGAUAGGCUCCGAUCAAAAAAAAUUUCGUUCAUAUAUUUCAAAUAUGUUCGUUGUCCUGCGGUACGAUUAUUAAUUCAAAUUCUGUCAAAUAAUUGAAAAUAAUUGAUCGCGUAAGACCAAGUUAACAAGCACUUAGAAAUGCUGUCAUUUAUAUUUAUACAUUAUAUUAUUAUCAUUAUGUAAUCUCGUUUCGACAGUAUUAUUGUGUUUAUUUUGUAUAACCACCCGUGAUCAGUAUUUGAAUCUACGAUCUCAUAUGUAGAAAUACACACAUUUUACGAAAGUUUAAAUACAAUUAAUUGUGUAUAAUUAUCAAGAA